UUGGCUUACAGAAUAGUGCGGGACCGGUGCUUCAAGUUUGUCACGUCACCUGUAACCUGUUUCAACAGCGACAUGGCAUUCCUCCUCAAAUCGUUUGCUGUCCUUGCUCACUUUGGCAUAGCUUCGUCGUUGGCCCCAGGAGAUUGUGCUUUCGUUGGCAUCUAUGGCGAGAAGGAUGAUUUUGCAAUCCUUUUGAUGGAAGAUGCGAAUGGGGAGAAGAUAUCCUUGACAGACGGGAAUUUCAAGGACAAGGACUUUGAGGCCAGCCAGAGGGCUCAAGCGAAAGACCAUGUGAAAGAUGCCGUCAAGGGAACUGUGUUGAGGAAGUCGGACUUUGUGACCGAGAACGGGUGGUCCUUUGCCGCUCCUUUGGCACUCACAGUUUACAAGGGAAGCCCAUCAUCUCCCACGGCCUUGUGCGGCGUCAAUUUGGAUGGGAAAACAGGCGGCAUGGCAGUUCGACGGCUCGAUGAAGAGGUGGCGGCACUCUAUCUUGGCGAGACUGAAACUGCUCAAUAUGCAGGACUCAUGACUGGCAGCAAGGAAGAGCUCUCGGAAGGCAUUCACAACCCGUUGAAUUGGCUGCGGGAUGCCCGAGCUGUUCGCCAACUCUCCGGCUUUAGCAUUGCUUCGGGCCAGAACAGCACCACAUUGAUGACCACGACCUCAAUGGGGGGAAACACCACGGAGACGACUGAGACCACCAGCAGCAUGGACAUGACCACAGAAGAAGAGGAUGGUGCAGCACACGCCACUGUUUGCGGCUUGAUCCUUGCCGCUGGCUUCGCCGUGAUGUGAGGACUCUCCUGAUUGCCAAACAGGGGCAAAAUUCCUCUGUUUGGCUGUUACCUGGGCAACCUGCCAUUUUGUAGGGUGGCCUGGCAGCCUGGAUUGGAGCCAUGUUUUCCAGGACUGCUUCUAUGUUGCCCCUGAAGCACAAAAGCGCCUGCUUGGGUGCGAUGACACCUGGAAGGGCAACCCGCAGCUCACAGAGUUGAAUGACAAAGCU